AACACACUCCCAGAGAAGGCAGCAGAGUUGGAGCACUGAGCAGACACUGCUCUCCUCUCCUCUCCUUUCUCCGUCUCUCCUGAUCCGUCUUGCACACAUUCAUGAGGCAUUCUGACAGUCAUUCAACUUCUCCACCCCACCUGACAAGCUGAACCAACUGAUGAACUGAAGAACUGAUGAGCUGAUGAACUGAUUCAUGUCCACAGGAUGCUGGUGAAGGCGAGUGUGUGGUUGUGAGUACCCACGUUAUGUUUGCCGCGUGAGCGUCUGCGCGAAGAUGACUCUCCUGGCGGGCGAUGGCUCCGACUACGAUUACAGUGCCCUGAGCUGUGCCUCGGACACCUCGCUGAACCCUCCUCCCAUCCAGGAACGGGAGGCCGCCAAAGGCCUCUACUACAAGCGCGCCCAGCUCCUCUCUGACUGCAGUCAUGCCACCGGUGCCAAGUCGGCCACGUCCGGCGGGGCAGUGCCCCACUGCAGUGCCACCACGCUGGGCCCUGAGAGUGCCCUGCAGCCUCUGGGCGCCACGCGGCGCCUCCACGUCAUCAUCAACGUGGGCGGCCUGCGCUACCAGCUGCCCUGGACCACGCUGGAGGACUUCCCGCUGUCGCGCCUGGGCCAGCUACGCACGUGCGGCAGCUCCGACGAGAUCCUGCGCGUGUGCGACGACUACGACGCGGCGCGCGACGAGUACUUCUUCGACCGCAGCCCGUGCGCCUUCCGCUGCAUCCUGACGUUCCUGCGUGCGGGCAAGCUGCGCACGCUGCGCGACAUGUGCGCGCUCUCCUUCCGCGACGAGCUGCUCUACUGGGGCGUGGCCGAGGAGCACCUGGAGUGGUGCUGCCGCCGGCGCGUCCUGCAGCGCGCCGAGGAGUGCGACGAGCUGGAGCGAGCCGCCCAGGAGGACGAGGAGGACGACGACGAUGACGACGACAGCGACGGGGGGAGGCGGCAGACCAGGCUGGCUGCCGGAGAGACCCGUCUCGGCCUGUGCAUGCGCCAGCUGAGGGACAUGGUGGAGAGGCCGCAGUCGGGGCUGCCCGGGAAGAUCUUUGCCUGUCUGUCAGUGCUGUUCGUCACCAUCACUGCCGUCAACCUCUCCAUCAGCACCAUGCCUGCCAUGAGGGCGGAGGAGGAGAGUGGGCAGUGCUCCCAGAUGUGCCAGAACAUCUUCAUCGUUGAGACGGUGUGUGUGGCGUGGUUCUCGCUCGAGUUCACCCUGCGUUUCAUCCAGGACCGCAGCAAGCUGGCCUUCCUGCGCCGGCCGCUCAACCUGAUCGACGUGGUGGCCAUCUUGCCCUAUUACAUCACGCUGCUGGUGGACGUGACGUCGCCCGGCGAGCGCAAGCUGGGCUCGGGCAGCAGCUACCUGGACAAGGUGGGCCUGGUGCUGCGCGUGCUGCGGGCGCUUCGCAUCCUCUACGUGAUGCGUCUGGCGCGCCACUCGCUGGGCCUGCAGACGCUGGGGCUGACGGCGCGCCGCUGCACGCGCGAGUUCGGCCUGCUGCUGCUCUUCCUGUGCGUGGCCAUCGCACUCUUCUCCCCGCUCCUCUACCUCAUCGAGAACGAGAUGGCCACCGCGCAAGAGUUCAGCAGCAUCCCCGCCACCUACUGGUGGGCCGUCAUCACCAUGACGACGGUGGGCUACGGCGACAUGGUGCCGCGCUCCAUCCCCGGCCAGGUGGUGGCGCUGUCCAGCAUCCUGAGCGGCAUCCUGCUCAUGGCCUUCCCCGUCACCUCCAUCUUCCACACCUUCUCGCGCUCCUACGUGGAGCUCAAGCAGGAGCAGCAGCGCCUCCUCCAGCGCCGUGCCCACUUCCUGCUCCGCAGUCGCAUCGCCAACCUGGGCAGCCAGCUCUCGCUGCAGAGCCACGUGCUCUACCCCGACUCACGCUCCGCCUCCUCCACCAGCUCAUCACCCUCGCCACAGCACCGGGACGCCCACGCCUGAAGGAGGAGAGAGAGAGAGAGAGAGAGAGAG